GUUGUAUUCUGGAGCUGUUUAUUGUAUUUAUUACUUCACUAAAUCAUUUCUAACUCAGGUAAACUAUUACACUUAACUUUCUAGCUUAGUAAAUUCAAAACUCUAUUUGGAGAGAAUUCUUGCCUUAAUUUCUUAUUAUUAAAAAUUAAAAAUUAACAAGGCUCAUACAAAGGAUUACAAAUAUUCCCUAAAAUGUACUUAACUGGAAUGCCUCAAAGAAUUAAAAAUUUAAAAGAAUCCAAUCCACUUUUAUAAUAAUUUUUCCUCAUUUCUCAUUUAGGAUUAAGAGAUAAUCCUUAAACUUAUUUUACCAACAAUAUUAUUGACAGAGCCCCAAUUUUCAAUUUAAAAACUCCUUUAAAUAUGGAAAUUCAAAUUAAUACACUUAAUUAAUUUACAUUUAACAUGGAAAAAGGCAUCAUUAUAUAUUAAGAGAAAAUGGGUUUCUUUAAAUCUAUUAUGUUUGGUUUAAACAUGGCUAAAAAAGAUAUAUAAGCUGGCCUUCCUGUAUUUAUUUAUUUAAAUAUUUAUUAGUACAACAAAUAAAUAUUAAUUUUUGGGGAUUUCGUUUAUAAUCCUGUCAAUUAAGUAUUGAGAUGUUAUAGAAUUAGGCAAUUAGGAUAACUCAAAGAUUACUCAGAUUUCCGUUUUCAAUUUACUUUAACAUAUUUCUUUGGAUUGCUAUUUAAGUUAGGAGUUAUUGUAAGUCUUUCAACUUGGUUAUAUAAAUCUUAUAAUAAAAUAAACUAAGAUUUCAAUAAAGAAAUAACUAAAGUUUUAGUUUCUCAAUAACAUCAAACAUUAACAUGUUAUAUCUGCAAAGAUAGAAAAGCAAAUAUAAUAUUUUAGCCUUGUUUUCAUUUAAACAGUUGUUAAGAAUGCUCAAAUGAUUAAGACAAAUGUCCAAUAUGUAGAGAAUUCAUUCAAAAAAAAUAAAAAGUAUUCAAUGAUUGA